UUGAAACUUUGUUCUGCUUUUGGUUUCAUCUGAUUGGGAAAAUUUAGGAUAAGAGUUCUUGAAAUUUUAGUAUUGAACAAUGGGUGAAUCCAUCUUUUGCUUUAGAAAAUGUAGAUUAGGAAGAGUAAUGGGUUGCAUUCAGGUUGUACUAGGUUCACUCGUUAUACUCGUGAGCCUUUCGAGUUUGUUUAGGUUUUAUAAUGCUGGAUUUUUCAUGCAUGAUGAGGAUAUAUGUCGCCAUUUUUAUGGCGUGAAGGAUGUUUAUGAUAGUUUUGAUAUAAAAGCAUUGAGUUCUCGCGUUGAUGAAGUGCUCGAUAGGAUGGAUAGUUUGCAAGAAAAGAUUGAACUGGUUGUACAAGAGAUGGAGAAGAACAAAGAUGAUUUAGAAAAAGGGAGUAUUCCCAAAUUGGAAUACAAGAGGUUCUUGGAGGAAGAGGUUAUUAAGCCUUUAUACUCUGCUCAUAUUGCGCUUAGGCAAAUUAGGCUGCCUAGAUUUGAAGGAAUUGGGAAUAUGACAAUUAAGGAAGAUCCCUUGAUUAAUAACUUUGUGAUUGAGGAGAUCCGAAAGUAUAUCACCCCGAAAGAGAAUAGACAUAAGAAGGUUAAUAUAUUUGGAACACAGAAGAUUUAUAACACGAUAGGGCAUGCUUGUGUGUCCAUGAAGAAGGAAUUGGAGGAAUAUAUGAAUUAUGAUAUCGGAUCGUAUUGUAAAGAUGAUUGGAAUUUUGCUCAGAAGCUUAUGAUUAACGGUUGUGAUCCUUUGCCAAGGAGAAGGUGUUUGACAAGGGCCUCUAAGCUUUAUCAGAAACCUUAUCCUAUUAACGAGUCCUUAUGGAGGAUCCCGGAUGGCAGAAAUGUUAGGUGGAGCAAUUACCUUUGCAGGAACUACGAGUGCUUAUCGAGUAAGAAUCCUAAACGAGGCUAUACUAAAUGCACCGAUUGUUUUGAAAUGGAGAAAGAAGAGCUAAAAUGGCUAACAAAUUCUACACUUGCUGUUGAUUUCUUGAUCAAAGAUGUAUUGGAAGUUAAGCCAGGGGAGAUCAGAAUUGGUCUGGAUUACGGUAUUGGUACGGGGAGUUUUGCUGCAAGAAUGAGAGAACAGAAUGUGACGAUCAUCUCAACUGCACUAAAUCUUGGAGCUCCUUUCAGCGAGACGAUAGCACUUAGGGGUUUGAUUCCACUAUAUGUGACAUUGAACCAAAGGCUUCCAUUCUUUGAUAACACUAUGGAUUUGAUCCACACUGCUGGAUUUAUGGAUGGUUGGAUCGAUCUACAGCUGUUGGAUUAUAUCUUAUUUGACUGGGAUCGUGUAUUGAGACCAGGAGGAUUGUUGUGGAUUGAUCGAUUCUUCUGUAAUAGGACUGAUCUGGAUGAUUUUAUGUACAUGUUUCUGCAGUUCAGGUACAAAAAGCAUAAGUGGUCUAUUGCUCCUAAGGCCAAGGAUGAAGUUUACCUCUCUGCAUUGUUAGAAAAGCCACCCCGAUCUUUAUGAUCAUAAGAAGCAUUAGAGCUGUCUUUGUUGUACUGACAUGGCAUUCAUACAAUUUAUCUGUAACGAUAUUUGUUCUAGUGUCUGUAGAUUGUAAGAAACUUGUCGCUCUCUUUGUUAUACUUGACAUGGUAUUCAUAGGAUUUAUCUGCAACAUUUGUUAUUAUGUCUGAAAAAUUGUAAGAAAGUUGUGCUGCUCUUUGUGAUCAAAAGAUCAGUCUUUGUUGCUCAAAAUUCUUAGAUUUCCACUUUCAU